ACUGACACUACGCGAACAAAAAGCUAAGAAAAACACACACGUCACAAUAAUUACAAAAAAUAAUAUUCACGCGUUUUGAAGAAACAAAGCCAGCUAUGUCUAAACAAUUGGCUAAUUUGCAGCCGUCAAAGUUUAAAUUUUAUCAGAAAGUUGCACUCGGCAUUCUACUUACAGCCAUAGUGCUAUCCUUGCCGGAAUUAUGUCAGAGUCAAGGCAAUCCCAGUUUUAAAUACUCCCGCGAAGCAAAUGAAAAUUUCGAUGCUAAGCAAGCACCGCCGGUAAAUCACGAUCACGAUCAUCAUCAUCAUGACCAUGAUCACCACGAUCAUGAUCACCAUGGACACGACCACGGUCAUGAUCAUCAUGGACAUAACGACCAUUAUGAACAUCAUCAUCACGCAAAACCGGCGGCAAAAUUGGAUAUGAAGAGCAUUUGGCUGCAUUCGAUGGGCUCCACAUUGCUUAUCAGUGCCGCUCCCUUUGUGCUGCUCUACAUUAUACCGCUCGACAACAGCGAAGCGAUGAAACCAAGACUGAAAGUUUUGCUUGCCUUUGCAUCCGGCGGACUGUUGGGUGAUGCAUUUCUGCACUUGAUUCCACACGCCACACAUCCACAUAGCCAUGGGGAGCAUGGCCAUGACCACGGUCAUGACCACCAUCAUCAUGAUCAUCAUGGGGAGGGCGAGGGUCAUGCCCACGCACAUGAUAUGAGUGUUGGCCUUUGGGUUCUUGGUGGCAUUGUUGCCUUUCUGUCUGUGGAGAAGCUGGUACGCAUUCUGAAGGGCGGCGGCGGUGGACAUGGUCACAGUCAUGGCACACCGAAACCCAAGACAGCUGCCAAAGAUAAGGAACCAGCAUCUGGAGAUAAGAAAAAAGCCUCAACAAAGCCAAGCAAGACAGUUGCCAAGAAAGAGGAUGAAGAGGGUGAAGUGGAGAUAUCAGGCUAUCUUAAUUUGGCUGCAGACUUUGCACACAACUUUACCGAUGGCCUAGCCAUUGGUGCUUCCUAUCUGGCUGGCAACAGCAUUGGCAUUGUAACCACAAUAACCAUACUGCUGCACGAAGUUCCGCAUGAGAUUGGUGAUUUUGCCAUCCUCAUCAAAUCUGGCUGCUCGCGUCGCAAGGCCAUGUUGCUGCAGUUGGUGACAGCUUUAGGUGCCUUGGCUGGCACUGCAUUGGCUCUCUUGGGUGCAGGAAGCAGCGAUGGCAGCUCAGCACCAUGGGUAUUGCCUUUCACAGCCGGUGGCUUCAUUUAUAUUGCCACGGUCAGUGUGCUGCCAGAGCUAUUGGAAGAGUCGACGAAGCUCAAACAAUCCUUGAAGGAAAUUGUGGCGCUUCUUACUGGAGUGGCUUUGAUGAUUGUUAUAGCCAAGUUUGAAUAGUUGUAUAUCUAUUUUCUAUGUGUCCAUCAAAUAACUCAAACCUGAAUUUAAAAUCUGCUUAAAAUUGUGAAAUGAAAUGAACCACUGUAACAAAAUGUUAAAACACCUUUAAAUAUAAAUUUGUACGGAGUUAUUUAAUAACGCUAAGCCAGGAUCGACUAAUUAAUGUAAUACAAUUCUCUUCCAGAAAGUCUUCUGUGUAUUUAAUAAACAAUUUAAUUUAUAUGUUU